AUGGUGAUGAGGACAAGCUGGUUGGGGUGGAAUCAAUUGAAAUGCUAUAUUGUAGGAUCUGUGAUGAUAAGAAAAAAAAUUGAGGAAGCAAUUAAGAAGGGGUUAGAAGAUGACGCAAAUGAUGAUGUGGUAAAAGAGUGGUCACGAAAGGUGCGCCAACUUUUUAAUGAAAAGACUGUGGAACAUGGAGAUAAUAGGUCGCCUACAAAUGAAGCAACAAUGAAAACGCCCGUUAAGGUUACAGUCAAUUCUGAUCAAACUAAUUUUAUGAAAGGAAGUAGUUUUGUGAAAGGAAGUAGUUUGAUAUGCAAUGUUCAGUCUACUGGAAGGAAUAACGAGAAGACAAAGGUUGUGGAUGGGUGCGAAUAA